AUGGAGCUUACUGCCGCUGCUUUUCGCAUAAAAACUGGGCUCGACAGAGUAACAGCCGCUGCUUUCACCGCUCAUCAAUGCUUACUGCCGGUCGUGCACCUUCCUGUUUCGAUUUACUUCCACGGUGGUGGAAUGAUCCUCAACGGUCCAGACACCAUAUUCUGCCACGAAUUCUGUGAGAAUUUCAUUCGAUUUGGACCUGCAAUUCUUGUGUCUGUUGCUUACUGUCUCGCUCCAGAGCACAGGCUCCCGGUUGCUUAUAAAGAUGGGGAAGAUGCACUUCUGUGCGGAGGCAACACUGCGUACAAUGUGAGGCUACGCUCCUUGGACAUGGACCUUGCGCUGGUGAAAAUCCAAGGGACGAUUUUGGACCAGCCCUUGUUUGGUGGGAUCGAACAAAUAGAUUCUGAGGUGGAAUUUGCCGACGAUCGGAUUCUACCAUUAUCGGUAACGGAUCUAAUAUGGGAAUUGGCAUUGCCAUUGGACGCCGAUCGAGACCAUGAAUACUGCACUCCCAUGGUUAGAGGGAGUCACAAUGCAAAGAUUGGAUCUAUAGGAAGGGUUAUAGUGUGA